UCCAACAAGAGCGAGCAUAAUGAAUUGAAUCUUGAAUGCUUGACGACAAUCACACAAGCAGAAGGAACGAAGAAAAUCUGAAGCAUAAGCAGAAGAAGGAGAGAAAAGAUGUCGUUGAAAAGUACUAACAGUGAAUUGAAUCAGAACAUUGAACGUGUCUUACGAUAUGAAAUAAGAUGGAAAACUGUGUCGAGUUUAUAAAGAAGUUACAAUGAUAAAGCCAGUAAGGACUUUUUGUAGUUCUUUUUGUGUUGCAUUUUGCUUUUAAGUUUAGUCGCGAACAAGUGAACGAACGAUAAAGAUUAACAUAAAGUUAAGUGUAGUGAGUUGGAGAGAGAAAAACUCUUCAGAAAGUGAAGUGCAUUUAUCAUCAUUGUCGAGUACCUUUCAUCAAUUAAGCUUUCUUUGCCUCUCGAUUUCUUAAUGAAGACUUAUCCUCUGAUUAAUAAGGUUGAGAAGUUUUAUAAAUUCAUUAUAGCUCAUUAAAACAGAAUAGACGUCAUUGCAACGUCAAUGAAACUCGAGAAAAUUCAAUAAGAAAUGUCAAGCGAUAAAGUUUCAGACUUAAAUUAAAUCAUCAUCAUAAGAUCGGAUGUCAAAAGUUGGACGUAACUUGAGAGUGCAAAUCUAAUCAGUCAUCAAAAGUCAGACAAGAAAAAAGAAAAAUCAGUUUUAAUCGUCAUUUGAUUAGCAAACUGCUAAUUGAUUUUUCUUUGAUAAGUGAUUGUUUAACAAGAAAAAAUAGAAAAUAUUCAGACUCAUUAAGAAAAUACUCCAGAAUAACAAUUAAAAAAAAGAAAGACAAAAAAAACUUUCAUAAGAAACAAAAUUGACGGAAUACAAACAAGUGAAAUAUUUGCUGGAAAUAUUAUGCCAAGCUGGUUCAACAAAGUGACGGGCUAUGUUUGUGAUGGUUAUGUCAGUUCGCAGAUCCAACACCGUUACCGAAACGGUACCUAAAGAGAUCAACAUCAAUCACAAUAACUUAAAAAAUCUGAAGAACAUCAACUGCAUUAAUAAUCAUCUCAAAAUCAUACAGAACAGUGCAAAAACCGCGACAAGCAACUGCUGUUCAAUUGACAAAACUAUCAAACGAAUUCUACCCAUAGCCGUUGACACUUCGACUAUAUUGUCGCCAUCGGCAUUAACAUCCGCACAAUCAGCACAAAAUUCAAAUAAAUUUUUAUUAACUGAACUUAACAAUUAUCGUAAGCCACCAAGUAUACAGGUACCCGUGGCCACCAUAUUAAACGAUUUGAGUCCAGUGCCUGCUGCACCGGCAAAGGAUUGUAAAAGCAAAAAGCUACGAUUUCUCAUGAGCCCUAUGACCCCCGUGGGCAUAUCAAGCAACUCGCCCGACGUGAAGGCCAUGCGGUAUUACAGAUUGUGGAUCUAUACAUGCAACGCUGUGUUAUUAAUGGCAGUCAUUAUUUUCUGUGGCGUUGCUGGAAAAGUCUUAUUAGCCGACUAUCGUCGCUUAUUGGUAAAUGGAUUAAAUUUAACGCAGCCGAGUUUUGUGUAUGCUUAUUUAGCUUUGCUGGUGCAAUCAGGUUUCUUACAAUUAAUAGGGUGUCUUGGUGCCUUAAGAUUAUCUGAGAAACUAUUAAACGCUUACUGGUUACUAUUACUCGUACUUUUAUUAGGAGAUGCAAUUCUAGGAAUAUUUUGGAUGUUUAAGUUUGACAAAAUCAUGCAAGAGCUUCAACCAAUGCUAAGAUAUCGUUUGGCCCACGAGUAUGGUAUAGGGUCGGAUUUCACAGAGCUAUGGGAUCGACUUCAAAACGACGGACGAUGUUGCGGCGUCACUGGAUCGAAUGAUUUCUCCAUACAAAACCGAACAUAUCCAACGUCAUGCUGCGCUUCAGACAUCACUGACCAAAUCAGUAUAUCGCAUAAACCUUUAGCCUCAGCUGUUGUUUAUCGUACCGAAGACGGUUUACGUGAACACCAAAGAAAUAUAAGCGACAUGGCUGAAGUCGCAUGGAGUCAUGUGAUACCAAGGGACAGUUCAAGGAGUAGUUCAGGUGGUGCUAUUUUGAAUAGUGAAAGCAAAAUUAUUGCGACUUGUCGUGCUGUUUAUCCGCAGGGUUGUAUCGAUGUUCUUAUACUUUGGUUGAGGCACACAGCAGAUAUUCUUUUCGUAUUAGGUUAUUGCGUUAUAGCAUUUUUGAAAUUAUGUUUUCUCGGCAUAUUGCGAUACGAGAUUAAAGAAAUGAUUCAAAAAAUCAAGUUACUACAAACUGAAAUGGCACAAUCGAUAUUAAAUGCUGAGAUGGGUGAACAGCAUCUACAACAGAUACCGAUAAAUGGCGGGAUACACAGUGGAAUCGAGCCAAAAGUUGGCAAUAGAGAUCGUGAAAUGACUCGAAUAGGGUCAGCGGAGAGUGAAAGAGAAUCCUUGUUGCAUCAUCCCGAAGCUACGCCCCAAUUCACAAAACAUAAGCAACUUUAUGCAUGCAUGAACGAGCAUGGUCGAUGUGGAGCUCAUCAAGGCGUCAGCGGGAAUGGCUGUGACUCUGAUACAAAUUCUAAUUGUGCAUUAAUCGUCGAUGAUAUGAACACAGCAACAACAUCUGCGACAACAAAGACAAUAAACGGUAAUGGAAACAAUAAUUAUGAGCUGAGCGAGUUUGAUACGAAAACAUCGACGUACAGGUUACUUAAUGCACCAACAGUGACCAAAAUCUGACUACGGUAUUAUCUAGAACAAUUAUUUGGUGAACGAUGGCGCGCACCGGUGAUCAUACCAGGCCAAAGAAGCCGUCAGAAUAGCGUAUCGACAGUUCGCAGACGUUCACGUAUCACCUACGAUCGUGACUCGGGAUUACGCUGCUACAAAGGAACCGACAUGAAUGAAAGAAGUAAUUGUAGUUGCGAUGAUAUUUAAGACACUAAAAAAAUGUUUAUAAAGAGUGAAAGCUUUUCUGCAUCAUGAAUGACUGAAAAUCUUCACAAUGCAGGUACGAUAGAUUUCUAUCAGGAAGAACAUACCAAAAAAAAAUCAAUAAAAAUCUAAAAAAAAAAUUCAUUUGUAUAAAUGUCAUGAAUCAGUCUUGAGUAAUGUUUAAAAAGUAUCCUCUAGUGAAAGUAUAAAAAGUUAAAGUAAAGAAGGUUCGAAUUAGUAUUCAAAUGAAGAAAUAUUUUUAUAAAUUUAAGAAGAAAUUGAAGAAUUAAUUAUGGAAAUAUUAGUAAUGGAAAUGUUUGAAGUUGCGUAAUGAGCUUUAAAAGAAAUUCAAGCUUCACAAAUGUCAAAGAUUAAAAGUUUACUCAAAAUAGGGUAAUGCAGUCUUAUUUAGAAGUAAUUUGAAAAUUAGAAACUUAAGGAAACCUCUGACACCAGUUAAAUUCAUUGACAGUUAAUCAAUAGAUUAAGAAGCUCCGAUAUCAAACACCAAAGAUAUCGAAGAAUUCAAAAACCGAUUUCGUAACUUCAAACUUUCCUUUGAGAACAAAUUUAAGUGCAAAAUUAACAAAAUUUAUUCUAAAAAAGAAAAUACCAAAAAAAAAGAAAGAAAUGAGAGACGAAUCUACAUAAAACAUUUAAUUAUUUAUUAAUUGUAGUAACUUAGAAAAGAAAUCAUCAAUUAAGAAUCAAUAUGCAUAUGUAAAGCUACACAAAAAUGUU